UUCUAGCUAAUUAGCUCGUUCCAGAUAUUGUGAUCCAAAGAAAGCUAGCAUGCAUAUGCUUUAACCGCACCUUUCCAUAACCAAAGUUUCAAUAACUUUUUAACGAUCAUUACAUAUUCGCAGAGAGCUUUCUUUUCUUUUUUUGCAAAGACACCUGAAGUAUCUUUUAUACAGCUAGAGACAGGGAGAAAAUAGUGUUUUAACCAGAUCCAAUCAUGGGGGACUCUUCUUCUACUGCUUCAUACAUCCACAUGGUGCAACACUUGAUUGAGAAGUGUCUACUAUUCCACAUGACAAAGGAAGAGUGUAUGGAAGCUCUCUUUAAGCAUGCAAAUAUCAAACCUGUCAUCACUUCAACUGUGUGGAAGGAACUGGAAAAAGAAAACAAGGACUUCUUUGAGGCCUAUUAUGCUGGAAACAAAGGAGGAGACCGAAUGUCUGAAUCAGAAACUACCCAAAAGAUCCAAAAAAUGCUCUCGGAGUCAUCUGCUACGACGGAAUUAUCUGCUACUUCACCGGCCAGAUGUGGAUCAUCCAUAGGAUCUCAAGAUGAAAAGGAUCAAGACGAACAUAAUUAAGUAGUCCUUAUUGCAUAAUCAUCUUUAUCUCUCUUUGAUACUCAUCAAGCUUAUACUAAUCCUUAACAUAGUUAAUUAUCUCUUACGUACAUUAUCUGGUUCUACCUGCAUAAUAUCCCACCAUAUACAAUUUAAGAUUAGUUGUGUGUAGUGUGUACCAUGUUUGUGUGGUCUGUGAGAAUUUGAUGUAUAUUCACAUAUCAAAUACACGAUGUACUACUAUUUGAUAAAACGAUAUAUGAAAUACUUGAAUCGA